UACAAAAAUGCAUAUUUCAUAUAAAUUUGGAUUAUUUUUAAUAUUUAUUAUAAGUUUAAGUUUCUGUCACACAAGGGCCGCUCCUGCCCAAAAUCAAACAUCACCCACAAAUCAGGAUGAAUAUCCCGAUGAUGAUUAUGAUGACUAUUAUGAUGAUGGUGAAUAUGAAGCCAAACAGGCGGCAGCCACUGACGCACAAUCACGAGCAGCCACAGCUCCAUCUACUGCCUCAUCCACAGCUGUGAAUUUGGCCAAUUCUCUGCUAAGUUUAUUUAGUGGAGGUGAUAGGGGAGAUCAUCCCCCGCAACGCAGCAAUCAUGUGGUGGAACCCGUCUGCCCCAAAUCCUGUCUCUGCCUGGAAGAUUUCAAAUAUAUUGAUUGUUCCAAUGGCCGCCUAACCGAAGUACCCCAUGACCUACCAAAUACUGCUGUUAUUUUAGAUUUAAGCCAUAAUCGUAUUAAGGAAAUUAAGACAAGCGAUUUCGCACAUCGCCUAAAAUUGCAAGAGAUUAAUUUAAGCAAUAAUUUAAUAGAGAAUGUUACAGAGGAGAUGUUCGAGGACUUGCCUCACUUACAACGUUUACGUUUAUCCUCCAAUCGCCUAAGCGAAUUGGAUCCCGAUACAUUCCGUGGUGCCAGCGAUUUAAGUUUAUUGGAUUUAAGUAAUAAUCCCAUUAAACUACCCGUCGACGCAUCAUUUCUAAAUCAACCAUCUCUGUUGGAAUUGAAUUGCCGCAAUUGUUCAUGGUCGGAACUGUAUGAGGAUACAUUUAAAAAUACACCACAUUUGACGGCACUGCGUAUAGAUAAUAAUGAUUUUAAUAAGAAAAUCAAUACCAGAGCCUUUACACCGCUGAAAAGUCUAAUCAAGCUGCGGGUACCAGAAUUGGAUCAGCAAAGUACCGAGGAACUGUGUAACCUGCUGAAAUUCAUUGACAACAUUAGUUUUAAGCGUUUCGAAGUUAGCUGCUAUGAAUUGGUGCUGGGAGCAUCAUAUAAUGAGAGUAUAAUUGUGGUCACAGAUCCGCCAUACAAACAGCCGACAUCGUUGGGGGAAAUUGAAACGACCAGUGCAACGGUGGUGGUGGAAACAGAAACAACGGCUGGUAAUAGUAUAAAAACUGCAACGACAACAACUGCAGCAGCCGCUGCUGGAACGGAUAUCAAGACCAUGUCUUCCUCCUCAACAACACUUACACCCGAUAUAUUGCUGGAGCAAAAUGAAACAGAUGUGAUAAAGGCCUCAGUGGGUUUGUCGGGUAAUGAAGCAGCCAAGACAGUAGAUGCCAAAGGUGAAGGUGGAGAAGAAGAGCCGUAUAAGGUGCCCAUAUCACAGGAGGCCAUUAAUCAAAUGUUAAUUGGACUCAUGAUAAUAUCCGUCAUUGGCAUUAUCAUUGGUGUUUUGUGCCGCAAAGAUGUUUGGGGCAUGAAAACGAAAUGUUGCCGCACCAAAAAACCCGAAGAAAACAAAACCAUGGAAAGCAAUGGCCAAGCUCCCGAAGAGAUACCCUUGAAUAAAAUAUCUUAA